GCGUAUGGGUUACUAGUUGUCGUGGUGAUUUUAAAUGUUAGGUCCAGCCUGUCGAUGCCCGAAUUCAAAAAGCAAAUCCCGGCCCACGUUGAGGAUGCGAGCGUCUCCGAGACGGAUGAUCAUUUGGACUGGCGAUCCGUUGGAAAGGUGGUUAAGCUCGAAGAAUUGCCACCAGUAGAGGAUGAGCCUGUAUUUGAAAAAUUGGAAGAGUCAGAUGACGUUUCAUCCGACAAUACUCACGAUGAUGGCAUAGUUGGUACCCCAAGUAAGUUAAUCGAUGCAUCAGAGCCCAGUGGAAUUUCAGACGACGCCUGCGCCGAGGUACUGAACGUGAUGAACACGACUCCCUUAGGCCUGAGACAUAACCUCCUCAAAAUGAACCUGGAACUCCCAUCGAAGCGCAGAGGCUGCUUCAAGUCGAGAGACAGUGACUGUAGGACUCCAGGGAAUUCCUUGUGCAACGGGCCCUUGUACGUUGUCUACGAAGGCUUCAGGUUCUGCUGCCCAACCAGCAAACAUCCUCUUCUCGAAAGGUCUGGGAACCAUAUAAGAUGUAGUUGUUAGCGAUAAAAAUAAAUUGUAAUAAACUUAUUUAAAGGAGACA